AAUCUUUCCGAUUUCUGUUUACACAUUUUCCUUCUAAUGUGUUGCAACUCUUCAGGACAAACAUCGAAGAAAUGUGGCUCAACAUUGGGGUAUACUCGGAACGCCAAGAAAACAAAGAAAUCAUCAGAUGUGGUGGAGAAUUCGGUCACAAACCCGACGGACACUAUGGUUAGUGAGGACAUAUUUUUUGAGGCUAAUAUGGAUGAUGGCCACGAUGCUUUGGCUGAAAACCAAAAUACGUCUGAAAUUGAGGAUAUGGCCGAAACUGGUGACGCCUCGAUCCAUAGCGCGGACUCGGCUGAUAGCGAAGGUUAUUCGGAAGAAGCUCAAUCAGAAAGCGGUGACCAAGAGAGAGAUGGCCGCAUUGAUCAUUCUUUGCCCCCACUUGAAAACUCCAUGAUUGAGAUUGACAUGGACGACUUGGGUGAGAGCCAACUUCACAACACAUCGAGCAUCGGCCAACAGCUUGCCAUAUCAAACAACUUUUCCAAGGAUGUUGAAAACACAGAUGCACGUGGCCGAGAAACACUACUUAUCCAUCAGACAUUGGUUCAGGUAGGAGAAUCUCGAAGCAGUACAACCCUAGAAUUGGCUCUUCUCAACCAAACUGAAUCACAUCCCCCUAUGUUCGGAACACUUACCUCUCCUCCUAAUGACGGGAUGUGUCAAAGUGAGCAAGCUAUCGUUUGUGCUCCAUCUUCGGCCGAGCUUGUGGAUCAUACAGUGGGUGAUCUUGGUUUGGACCUACUUCAAUUCCUAAAUACUCUAGACAACACCACGAGUCCUGAAGAGGAAAAACUUGAAACAGCCGAAACCAAAAAGGCACUUGAGACGGUCAGACAGUUUUUGGGUUGUGAUGUGAGAACAGUGACCGAGGCUAGUUUUCUCUCUUUCAAGGAGGCGGUUGAAGUACUUAUUUCAGCCAAACAUUUCUCUCAGGUAGAGGCUUAUGAAGUUCAUGCUCGUUUGGCUGUUGUAAAUUUUAGUCUCUCUCCUUGUCUAGAAGCCUAAAAAGAGUUUGAAGCAGGUGAGAAGUUGAAAA